UUUAAAGAUUUUGCAAAUCAAGCUGUAAUUACGCCGAAUGUUUACAAUUACAGUACUGUAAUACUACAAAAAUUAUCCGAGUACAGUAGUAUUGUCAAAAGGAACCGUUAACUUUCACAAUGGUUGCAAUAUUCUGUCGAGUAACGGCUGAAUUAGCACGAGAUUUCAUAGAAAACUUUCCACGGCAGUUCGACUUCAACGGGAUGCUGACAAAAAUUUGUGAUGAUAUUGAUGUGGACAUUUCUUUUCAAAACGAAACCUAUCUUCUACAGGGAGACUGGAAUAAUCUUGGACGAGCAUACAAUAUGCUUGUUAGUACUUUAGCUGUGUAUGGCAAUGCAAGUUCUGUUGCAAAAGGAUCAAGGCCUUUUUCGGCACUAGUUGAAGCAGCAGAAGCAAUAAGCCGUGGUGUUGAGUUGCAAGAACAAGUUCAGAAUGAAAUGACGCAAAUGAACAAAGUUAAUCAAUAUAAUUCUAUACCUCAAUUUCCUAUCAAAUACCAUGACCAUGAAUAUGACAGAGUCUCAAGAUAUUCACAGAAUUCUAUGGAUGAACAAGAAAGUACAUCAGAAUGUUCUAUUCCAGACUCUUUAGAGAAUAUGGACAAACAAAAGGAUAUGCAGUCAACAAAUCUCCCUGAAUUUCAGGAGGAAAGUCAGAGUUCUUAUGAUACCAUUCCGGUUACAGAACAAAAUGACAGCAAGUUUUUUGAUGCACAUUCUGAUACUAUUGAAGUAAAGGAUAUAAAGAAGGAAGUUGCAGAUGAUCAAUAUGUUUUAGAGUCAUAUAAAAACAUUCCUAAACAGAGCAUAAUAAGCCAAAAAAUUGACGAAAGCCUUGACAAUGAUGAAGAUGAAAAAUUCAAUGAUUUAACAGUUAACAAAUUAAAAGAACAGAAAGAAGGGCUUCAGGGUCCAAUCGCAAAGUGCGACAUUUGUGAAAAAGUUUUCAGUAAUGUACCUUACAUGAAGCGCCACCGUAACUGUCAUAAAGAUGUUUUCUUCAGUUGUGACGAGUGUGGAAAAAAGUAUAAAGUGCAAAAAGCUCUAAGAGAACAUAAAAAAACUCAUGAUGAAGGUUACUUAAAACCUAAAUUCAAAUGUGAAUCUUGUCCAAAAUCAUUUUGUUCAAAUUAUUUGAAAGAAUGUCAUAUUAAGUCUGAGCAUUUAGGUUUGAAAAAAUAUUUUCUCUGUCAGACUUGUGGGAAAUCUUUUACCACAAAGCAUACUCUUCAGCAACAUGUUAACGCCCACACUGGUGUAAGACCUUAUCAGUGUACAAAAUGUGGAAAAUGCUUUACAUACGAGGCUGCUUUACGCGAUCAUAGAUUUACUCAUAUUGAAUCAAAAACUUUUACAUGUGAAUAUCCUGGUUGUGAUAAGGCAUUCCGACAAAGGUCUGCUUUGAAAAUGCAUGAGAAAAUUCACAAGAAUCCAAAUCAGUUUGAAUGUACAGAAUGUGGGCGUGGGUUCACACAGAAACAAGCUCUACAAAGACACAUUAAUUCUCAUAAAGGUUUUAAGCCAUUUAGAUGCAAGUACUGUGAUCGUACUUUUGGUGAUCCAGCCAUUAUAAGGCGUCACUUAAAACUUGUUCACAAACUCAAUAAAGAUGUGGACAAAUGGAGAGAAGAUAUAAUAGAAGAAACUGUUCAAGAAACAAAAAAUGAUAAGGAUAUAACUUCACUGAAUUCUGACACAAUAGUUACUGUUAGUCAAGGGACAGCAUUAGAAAAUGUGCCUCUUUUACAAACAAAUGACACUAAAGUUAUUCCCUACAAAAGUGGGGCUGAAACAUUAAAGCCUGUGGACAUUAAACAUAUCAGUGGUCAAGAUGAAGAACCUAAUACUGACCCUGAACUAAAUACUGAUCAUAUACAAAAUGUUUUUGUAAGCUAUAAUGUACCUAGUCAAAAUCUUGUUUUAACUAAUACACAGGCAGCAGAUUUCAGUCAAAGUACUGCACCCUUGAUACAGUAUCAUUUUAAGUCUACAGAAGAAGUUGAAACAGGAAGCACUAGUACUGAGGCUACUGAUAUAGAAAAUGUCAACUCUAAAGCUGAAUCCAUACAUGAACUGGUGUUACACCAUGAAAGCGAUACAGCAAUGAUUGAAAGAGAACAAAUUCAAUUUCUUACCGAAAAUCUUGAUGGAACAUUUAAUACAACUAUAGACUUAAACAAACUAAAGAGAAAUCUUGAACUUCUUACAAAGCCCAAUGCAACUGUUGAUUUGAACUUGGUGACAGAUGUGCCGACUGAAACUUUAAAGCCAGAUGGAACUUCUGCUGAGAUGCCUCUAAAUACAGGUCUAGAAAAUACAACAAGAUUUGGAGAGAUUGAGGCUUUAUCAGACAGUUUAGGGCAAACAUUACCACAGUGUCAGUACUACUAUUACAGUAUUGGUAACCAGUAUAUCAACCUCAAUCAGAACCAGCUAAACUCUGGUCUGAAUGUGUCAGACAAUUCUACAGAUAGAGAAAUACCAUAAAAGAAAUGCAAACUAUAGAAACAACUUUUGCUUUUUCAAAAUAAACAUGUCUCUCUGACAAUACUCAACCUAUUAAUUUAAGAUCAUUUUAUUACAUUAUUUGAUUAUGGAUUGUGUUAAAAAUAAUUUUUGCAAAUAUUUUUAUAUUCAGUUUUUCAAAGGUUUGAAUUCAUUGCAGGUAUUAAUUGUAGCACAACAUGAACACAAAAUUAGUGCCCAAUGCCAACAUAAGUAGGUUAGCUCCUUUAUUUAUCAGAUACUGAAGUUGAAUAUUACACUUGAACAAGGGUGUUACUUAACCUUCAUUGAGGUGAAUUUGGUUAUGGGCUUUCUAGCUCCGAAUUUGGAACAACAACUAUAUUUAAAUGAUGUUUAACAUUUAAAUACUAACAUAAGCAGCCAAGGGUAUACAGCCAGGCUUGUCUACACAUGUAUGACAUUGGUCUUUUAUUAUUACCACUAGCAUUUGAAGGGUUGAUGAUUCAGUUUCAUGAUGCCUUAGGCAUGUUUUAAUUUCAUCACAUUUAAGCAUUCUGUAAAGAAAGAAUGGGCAACAUUUUAAUAUAUUAAGAUUUUCAUUAGAGAGUAAAUGCACCUUUCUCGUGAAUUAACAUGUGCAGAAUAUAUGUCCAAAGGGGUUAUUUGGUUAUUCCAUGUUUCCAUAACUGUAUUGCAUAUGAAGUAACUUGGCUUGUUUGAUGCUUUCCACAUGCUAGUGUGAUGUCAUUUGACAGUUCUGU